AUGCAGCAUUCAAAUGGAGAAUCAAAUAAUGGUAACAAAAUACAAAAUGAAGAUAAAAAUAAAAAUGAAGAAGAGCAAAAUAAAGAAGAAGAUAAAGAUUUUCGUCAGUUUUGGUCUUCAAUUGAAAUUAAACAAAAAAAUAUUGAAGAAGAAAACAAUACAAACAAAUCACCACCACAACCAACCAAAAUAAUUUCUUCACCUUCUCCUCCACACCCUCUUCCCUCUUCACGCCCAACUUCUUCCGCUGAAAUUAGAAAUUUACCUUCAUUGUUAGAUUUAAAUCUGACACCCCCUCCAAGCUCUUCAAUACAAAAAUCUGUUAAGCCUUUUUCUUUUUUUGGAGGUCAAAUUGGUAAUAAUGUAAAGACGGCAAAUUAUGGACAGACACAAAAACAGUCUUCCCCAAUCCGCCCAUUUUUUAAUAUUUGUCCAGAAACUCCAAUUAAUGUUCAACAACAGCAACAAGAAUUGCUUUCUAAGGUAGUUAUGGGAUCUUUGUUCCGUGGACGGUCUCGCUUCUCUGUACCAGCAUCAAAUAAUGACAAAGGAAAAUACCGAGUACAAAAAUUAGAUUCUCCGUUAAAUUCAACAUCUCCUUUGCCUUCUUCUUCAAAUUUAAAUUCUAAUUCUCCACUUCUAUCCUCAACAGAAUUUUUGAUGAAAGACCCAAACCUAGAAAUACAUGUUCUUAGAGAAGAAAAAAAUAUAAUAAAUGAAGAAAUUAAAGGAAUCUUAGUUAUUGACACUUUAAUUGAUGCAAAAAUUUUAUUAACACAAUUACGCCAACUUUUAGAGACAGCAAAGAAAUCCUCUUUUUUAAUUAAAUGGCAUUAUAGUUUGACAAAAAAAUUAGAGCAAACAACAGAAAAUAAAAAGUUUUUAUUUCUUUUAAAAUUAUUCGAAGAAAAUAAAACAAUUGAAAUACUUGAAGAACAUUUUUGUGAUGAUCCUUCUAAUAAAUAUAAUGAAAAUAAUACAAUUAAUUGUAUUAAUUAUAUUUUUAAUGAAGUUAUGGAGAAAGGGCAAAAUAAUAUUUUUAUUUAUUUUUUAAAUACAGGUAAGGAGAAGAAGAAGAAAUUUAAAAAGAUUUUUUUAGGAAUAUUUUUUAAAUUAGUUUAAAUUGAGAGAUUAACUUUUUUCUAAAUCAACAUAUCCCUUCCUUUUUAUUUAAAGGGUGCCGUGUGAUUUCGCCAGUAUACUAUUUUUAGGCAGUGAGUGAUUUAGGCAGUAAACGUUUUUAAAAAAUAAUUUUUCCCGAAAAAAUAAUGGGAGUAACAUUAAUAAUCGCUCACUGCCCAUAUUACUCACUGCCUAAAUCGCAUACUGGCGAAAACACCAGACACGAUUUAUUAAAGCUCUCGUUAGAACUAUCUUUUCUAAUUUUUUGUCUCAGAUAUUUGGGAGUACCGUUCUAUCGGGUAUAAAUGUACUGUAUUUAUUCACUUACCACAUUAUUUUGGGCUACCCAAAUUCUCAGAAUUUUAGAAUACUAAAGGGACU